AUGGAGUUGCAUAGAAUGGCACGUGGAUCGCCUACGGCUGUAUCCCUCAUUACGCGUCCUCGGGGUAGGUGUGCUUUUGGUCGUGCCAGCGCCGCUUGCUUUGGAGGUGGAGCUUGGAAUGCUGGGCAGGUUUCUGGCAAUAUUUAUUUAAGUUGUUUUUUGCUUGGUGCUUUUCCUCGUGAGGGCGAGGCUGAAUGGUACGGCUUCCUGGGUCUUUUUUCAUGUUCAUUCCCAGGCCCCGGCCCUCCCUGCCCCCACACGCGGGGCAGGGACACGAUGGGGGCGGUGCGGCACGGGAGCCCGGGCGGGCUCCGCACUCUUGUGCAGAGUUGUUCCGAUUUUGGCCCUUCCGCACGCGCCUCCGGCCCAUGCCGGACAAGGCGGCAUGGGAAGGUUGCCCGCAGCCUGCAGCUGGCACCGGGCUACGACCACAACAACCUUCCGCUUGUGUACAAGACCAAGGAGUUCAAGUCCCUCGACAAGAGCGUCGCGGACAUGACGAGCGACCGCUCGGGCAAGGGCUCACAGCUCAAGGCCGUGCUGGAGUACUACGCCAAGGUGAAGGACCGUUGCAUCGCCAAGCCCGAGAGCUACGAGGAGCGCAAGGCACGCCGCGAGGCUGAAAUUGCGGGGCUCAAGUCGGCGCUGUCGAUCCUGGAGUCGGAGACCUCCCUGGUGCAGCUGCACACACAGCGGCGCGGCAGCAGGGCCACAUCCCUCAGGGCCGCGUCGCUCUGA